AUGUGCAACUGUACCCGUCGUCUGGCGGCCGAGACAGAGCCGGUCCACAUUGGCCGGUCGUCCUCUUCUCGCGUCGCCCAACAUGUCGGCGCGACAAGCCAGGCACCUUCAGCGCCGGAAAGUGAAGGGAGUGCGUGCAAAGUAAACAUGUCGUCCGUGGCUCGUGAGGCGGGGUUCGCUGUCACUGUCGCUAGGGCGACCACUGCCUGUGCCGGUCGGUGCAGGCCUCGGGCAUGUGGACCGCGCAGGGGGCUGAGUAAAAGUCCCUCGAGAGGGCUCAGCCCAAAUCCCAACAAGCAACCAUCUGGUCCUGUGUGCUUACUUGCCUGCCCGUCUGUCAUCCUGUCCGUGUGUACGCAUGCAAAUCAGCUGCCGCCGGAUGCCGUCGACCAAUCACAUCCGGCCUCGCUGUACCGGGUGGGCAUCGGACUCGGUCCUACGGAUAUACUGUCCGCUGGUACUACCCCGGCAACCGAUCGGUCUAGCGCUGGGUGGCAACCGGCCGAGGACAGGCGAGACAGUCGGCCAGGCUUGAAGAUCGACUACACACACAACCCUCAGCCGCCUACAGGCCCCGAGUCUUCUUCACUGAAGAGGAAUAUUUUCCCCAAAGGGACGAUUGGCCCGAAGGCCUGCAGCCCUGACAUACAGUCUGUCUAUCCCACGGGGUGGCGCUCUUCAACUGUCCAGCACCCAUUGGCCAGGUCGACCGGCCAGGUCUGGCGUGCACGCGGUUGGGGGACCAUGUUGUCUGUCGAAAGUCGUCCGCCUUCAUUCGAUUUCCACGUAGCUCGGCGUGAUCACCAACUCACACAAUCCAUCCAGAGGCAAUGA